ACAAGGGUGCAGGCGAAGAAGAGAGAGAGAGGGGUUGCCCGAGGAGGAGACAAUCCAGAGCUUGAGAUCAGUCUGGGUUUGCGGUUUAUUUUUUUCUCCCGACAAAGACACACACUGUCUAAACUGUGUGGCUGGUUGUUAUUAAGAAGCUGCUGUACGAAGGAAAAAUGUAUUUCAUAAAAGGCCCAGUGUUUGUGGUCUUCUCGGGCUCACUGCUGAGCUCAGGAAAUCUCGAGGUGUGACCAGUUUUCAGCCUUCAAAAACCAAGAUGAACUGCCCUUGAGGAGGGUGGUCAGAAGGGAAACAUGUUCACGCUCUCUCUCCUGAGCCGGGGACAUGGGAAGUUGGUCCAGAACAAACAGAAGCUAGAAGUCUAUUUUGAACCAGAGGAUUACUUGAACUGGAAGUCCCCAGAAGAUUAUGUCCUGGUCAGCAAACCGCCGGAGGAGGGCGGUGCCAACCAGCACACCUGGAGCCUCUUUCUCCCUAAAACCUUCAGUACCAGGAAGGGGGCCUUGAUCCUCUACUCGGAGGGUUUAGCCGUAACAGCAUGGACACCGGAGGAGAGGAGAAAAGGCCCCCACCGCCCCAAAGGCCGUAGGAAGAGGCCGGGUAUUGAGCUGCACACACUUCAGGACCUCAAAAAAGCCAUCCUGGCGUAUGGAAGGAGACAGAGGGAACAGGACAGAGCCUGGCGACCGUACCUCCAUUUCCGAAGCCAACCAGAGAGCCAGGGCCAACGGCAGAUGCAGCCUGGGUAUUCAGCCAAGAGAUACCUCCGAGGCCUCUUGCGGACAUGGCCCCCUGACACCAUGUACAGGCUCCAUUGUGCAGGGUACAUCAAGGAUUCUGUGCUGCUCCAGGACAGUCAACUUAAUGUACCAAAGAAUCUCAGGCCACAACAGGAUCUUUCAGGUGUACCCCCAAAAUACCAUCUCCUGCCUGUCUUCCCUCCAUUUUGGAUUCAACAAGGAAAAUCUUUUGAACAAGGGCAGCAGGGCCUGGCUGAAGGGGAAGCUGGGGCUAGUGGACGUGUGGACCAGGGCUCCAGCACCAAGAGCAACAGCAGUCAGGGGAUUCACUUGCUGCGACUCAGGAAGCAGCCAUGGCAGGAAGCUGAAACCCAGGCAGAGGACACAUCAAUAGAGAAUCACUACCGUAUACACACUUCAAAGGAGAGCCACAGCGAAAACAUACAGCAAACCUCCCGAAGGGCCUUUGGGCAUGCCCACAUCGACCAUUCUUGGCUCCUGAGUGACAAAUCCCACAUUACAUUCUAUGGAGGGGCCUUCCCCAACAGAAAGGCAGAUCUCAACGACAGACAAGGGAAUAUAAAACUCCAUAAGGGCCGAAGCAGCCACUUGUUACAGGAGCCUCCUGCUGAAAGAUGCCUUUUCCCUCCUCUAGCACCUGCUACUGGCUCAGAGAAAAACACAGCUGGGGAAGCAAAGAAGAAAAAGGUGCCAAAGGCUUUGACGUUACCAGUUCUCCUAGAGGAACAGCCCAGAGUCCUGGACCCCCUGAGGAGUCCACUUAAAGCCAGUGAACCUCCAGCAGAGCUCUUUGUCCUCCCGGUGGAGAUUCAUUUCCACCCCCAACACCCCCCAAAAGAAAAACCACACCGAAGAGGUGCUCUACACCCUGAGGCAGGACCAGAAACAGAAGAAAAGUCCAGGCCUUUCUGGAAACCUUCCCUGAAGCAUGCAUCCCUAAGAAAGCCAAGGGAGUUAACCAUGCGUCUCCCAGCGGGCACAGGCAGGGACAUGCUCUCACGUCAAGAUGAUGAUGGCCCACAAGAGAAUGUGACCCCACCACUGUCCCUGAUUAAAGAAAGAAAAAGUCCAGAGAGCCAGAGGGGCCUGGACAGCCCCAGGACAUCAAGCUACAGCAGCUCCAUGGGUUCCUUGGAUAUGAAAAGGCCUAGGGGGACACUCCCAGCAGAAGGACAAGAAGAUUCCAGAGACCCCACACUGGGACACUUCUCGCCAGGUCCAAAUGAACGAAACACCUGCCUGUUCCUCCCCGGGCCUACUGAAACCAAGGAGCCUCUUUCAGGUAAAGCCUAUGAAUCUGUCCGUUCAAAUACCAGCCAUGAAAAGGAGGGGUCUAGAAUUCAAUGUCCCCUAAAAGCAAACUCUGAAUCCAGAACCUAUCUUCUCACGAAUCUUCAUGAAGCCUCACCUUUGACCCAAAAACCAGAGAACCAGGGAGCCCAGCAGUCCUUGGAGGCAGCAGCUCAGAAGACAGGAGAGCCUCAAAGUUGUAUAAAUAAAGGGCUGAUAUGUUCAAACAGAAAAGAAUUUUACACGCGCAAGCUGCACAUCGACAUGACGCCGUUCCUGAAGGAAAAUGGAGACGAGCUAGACGAUCAUGAAGAACCAGGAGAACCCCCUGGAGAGAAUCAUCAAGAUGACCAAGACCAGGAGCUGAGGAGUAUCAUCCCUGAACCUCUAAGAGCUUCCCUGGCUGACCACGUCCAGACCCCUGAGGCAGAUACUGUCCGAAAGACGGGCAGAGACUAUGAUGUACACCGUCUGCCCGGGACACUCCCAGGACACGAGUCCCCAGGGAGGCUGGGUCCUGUAGAUGCCUCUCUUCUUCCAAGAGGAUCGGAGGGGAGGACUGAAGCGAGACUGUUCCACCAGCAGGCUCUAGGCGACAUCAGCGAGAUGGAGUUGAUUGGCAAAGCCAAGAGGAAGAAAAGAACCAGGACAGACAAGUCCAAGGCGCCCAAGGGGAGGAGAGAAGGAAAGGUCCACAGGGAAGCAGAGGCCACUGUUGGAAAGUCAAAGGAAGCAAAGGCUGAAAAGAAAUCAGAGUUAAUUCCUAAAGAAAGAAAACCAAGAGCUAAAAGGAAAAAUACACAGAAGGAAAGGAAUCUGGAAGUAGCAGAGCUGAGUGGGCCUGAUGUCAUUAACUCUAAGGAAACAGAAGACACUACUGAUAGAGGUUUCUCCCCUGCAGAGUCUGUGGUAGAGGACCCUUGGCUCUCCCACGAGUAUGAUGCUCAGGAGAGCCAAGUGUCCAUAGACAGAAGAUCAUCACCUGCCCAGACCACACCUGCCAACAGGGGAUCUCAAGAAGAACGAAGUUACGAGGACCCUUCCAAAGCCCUCGUCGCCAAGAGGGAGCGAGAGGGAGCUUCUCGGGAUAGGCUGCGAGCGGAGAGGGCUGCGAUGAGACACUCGGAGGUGGAGAGGAAGAGAAGGGAGCAGGAGGAGCAGCAGCGGCUCCUGGAGGAGCAGCUGGAGAGAGCAGAGAAGAUGCAGGAGGAGCUGGAGCUGGAGCAGCGCGCCCGCGCGGAGGAGAAGCGCCUGAGGAAACAGAGACUCGAAGAAGAACAGCAGCGGCGGGAGGAGGAGGAGAGGAAGCAGCAAGUCCAGUUGCAGGUGGCCCGGGAGAGGGCCCGGCGGCAGCAGGAGGAGUUCCGGAGGAAACUUCGAGAACUGCAGAGAAGAAAGCAGCAGGAGGAAGCCGAGCGGGCGGAGGCUGGGAAGCAAAGGCAGAAGGAACUGGAAAUGCAGUUAGCAGAGGAAGAAAAACGCCUGCUGGAAAUGGCUGAAGAAGAACGGCUGGAGCACCAGCAGAGGAAACAGGAGGCCGAGGAGAAGGCUCGGCUCGAAGCGGAGGAGAGAAGGCAGCGGGAAGAGGAGGCAGCACGGCUGGCCCUGGAGGAAGCCAUGACGCGAGCACAGGAGGAAGCCAGGCAAAAAGCUGCUUUGGAGAAACAUCUUCAUUUCCAUCAAGAACUCUAUAAGGAAGCCAGUGCCCUACAGUGGACACAUAACAUUUCCAGAUCAUGGGUCUACUCUUAUUUCCAGUUCCUACAAAUACCCAGACCUUAAGGCUAGAAGAAAACCAAAAAAUGUAGGGUGCUGCAGUCAAGCACCAGAUGGAGCAGCUCCACGAAAUGUUACUGAAGGCUCCUUUCCAAAUCUGAUGUCCUAUAAAAUCGUUGCUGUGAAAGUCCUAUUUUACCAGCACUGCUACACCAGAUAAGCACAUUUUAGUAAGUUAAACCAUAGCAGAAUGCAAUGUGUUUUGAAGAAUUCAAUAAACUAAAAAAGAUGAUUUCCCCAGUAGCUAAGCUCCACCACCUAAAUGCUAAGAACUUUCAGAGAUCCAAACAAAAUUAAGGUUCCACACUGCAUACUCACACAUUUUGAAUAGCUCAAGUAGCCUGUCAAGUUUGUCACUCGGGCCUGACAGAAAUGUGCAUUUAGGAUUUUCCAGAAAUGGACCCAGUCCUAGUUGCUAUUUAAUAUAAUAAAUGCCAAGUAACAGUCUAAAAGCUCUAAUUUACCAAAACUAUACAUGUACAAUACAAAUAAUCUUUCAGUUAGGGUCAGACACGGAAAGUUAUAAGGCAAGCCAAUUAUUUUUCAACAGAUGACUUGAGUAGGUAUUUAAGCUCUAACGGUUUACAAAAUCAGAGAUAGGUUUUUAUUUGCUCUUCUAAAGUAUCAGAUGACAUUCUACCUGGGAUAACAUGAAACUGGAUUCUGUGUAUGCAUACACACAUAUACUAAACUCUGUGAUUUGUUGAAGAGUUAAAAGGUUAAGCCCUCUAAUAGGAACCAAUUUGAUACUUUAACUUUACACAAGUUUAAAUAUUUAAGAUAUAAAGAAAUAAAAGGCAAAUAUAAACAAAGUAUACCAAACCUUAACUGAGCAGAGAACAUUCUGUAAAUUAUUAAAGGAAAAAUUUAAAAUUAUCGAUAUGAAUCAAUUAAGAAUUUUUGGCAUGCCCAUUUAUUCAACAUGAUUGGGAACUGUAUCAUAGAUAUGCACCAUACAGGAAUAUCCAGUUUAAAAAAAAAAAAAAAA